AUGAUUCGAGCAACCCAGUGCUUCCUGCCAUCAGGAUCAUCAUCCGCAGUGGCGAGGUUGGCAGGAUUUCCCAAGCCACUUUGUUCUGUAAAGACUCCGCCAAGAUGGCGCGCAAUGUCAAGACCAAGGGCUCUUUCAUCGUCCUCGAAUAAGAAUACGGCAAGCAGUGCAGGAUGGCUGUCUGCUGGACUGGCUUGGUAUGCCACAAAACUGGAUACCCAUCCCCUUACCACCAAGUGCAUCAGCAGUGGACUGGUCUCGGCAGCAGGCGACAUGAUUUGUCAGUAUCUGACUCUUCCUCCCACCUGUACCGAUUCCUCUUCACAACAUCUGUCCAACACUAGCUGGGACAUGGCCCGGACGGGACGAUUCGCCUGUCUGGGGGCCUUUUGGGUAGGCCCGGUCUUGCAUCACUGGUAUGGAUAUCUGGCGCUGCUUUCCAAACGAGUCUGGGUACGGGUAGCCAUUGAUCAGUUCGCUUGUGCGCCAAUCUUUGUCACAAGCUUUCUGGCAUGGCUUUGGUGGUGGGAGGGGGAAUCGCCAUCCACGCUGCCGUCACGAUUACAACACAAUGUACCAUCUAUUGUCUUGGCCAACUGGACGUUGUGGAUACCCGCUCAGGCCGUCAAUUUUACACUGGUACCGGUCAAAUACCACGUUUUAUUCUCCAACUUUGUGGCAUUAUUAUGGAAUGCUUAUUUGAGCUAUACAUCCCACAACAGCAAUGACGACAAUUCGAAAUCAGCAAGCAGUCAGGAAGAAAAUUCAGAGCCUGGAGAAGAAACGUAA